CUUCAGCCAGAAUCCAUCAACCCUCUUGGAAGAGACAGUUACACUUGCAGUACAAAAUCAUUAAGAAUGGCUCCAUGUAAUGUCUCUGGAACAUAUAUCACUGGCUGUGAAACUAACAGGGAAAAUUAUAAGCUCAGAAAACUGAUGGUAGAAAAGAUGAGAAGAGACCGUAUUAAUACCAGCAUCGAGAAACUGAAGGGCAUACUGGAAAAGGAGUUUGAAAAGCACCACUCCAGCACAAAACUGGAGAAAGCUGACAUCUUGGAAAUGGCAGUGAGCUUUCUCAAAAAGCAGCACCAACUCCAGCUGAAAACAGUUGCUUCAUUGCAGAAAAACCAGCAAAUGGACUACAAGGAAGGAUAUUCUAGAUGUUUGCAAGAAACACUCCACUUUCUUUCCCUUCAUGAACCACAGCUUGAAACGCGGAUAAAACUUCUGAACCAUUUCCAAAGAAAUGCAGCUACAGAUGAUGGGCAAUCUCAGCACACAUCACCUAUCAACACAACUUCCCACAAGCUCGUUACAGAACAGAUAUCAUCCAACAGCAGCAAGUCACUUUGGCGACCUUGGCUGAUUUAGAAAACUGGUUAUUAAACUUGUCACAUCUGAAACCUGAGGAUCAUGUGACUCUAUGAGCACUGUUCCCUCCUGUUUAUGUAGGAAAUUGUUUUCCACAAAGUUAUAAUGAGACUGAAGUUCUCCUCUUUUUCCUUCAUAAUGAAGGAUGUUUUAUGGUGUAUUUCUGUUCUUGGGAAUUUUUUUUUUCCUUUUAGUAUGGUGCACACUGAAAAAUAUGUUUUAUGUUAAAGAGUUUUGGUAUUAAUACUGUGUAUUCUAUCAACAUCUGUAACAUAACUAUAUCUUAUGUUUUAACUAAGCUGGUUACUUCUGUGAUGAAGCAAUAGCUGUAGGAGGGGAAGCACUCCCAAUAUACUCAGUGAAACAUAUUGUUUGUGGAUGUAUCUCCACUGUAACGGAGAAUUAUUUUUAUUUAAUUACAAAAAGAGUUCUGCUCAUUUUCUAUUCUUUUGAUAGGGAAGCUAGGUUCCAUUCUCAGUUUGUAAUUGUAACAAUCCCCAUCAUGCUGACGGACUCUUCUGGUGACAUGUCUGUAUAUCACAGUACAUGAGAAAAGCAUUAUUUUGCAACUGUUUUUGACUUUCAAAAAGUUGUGCAGCUGUGUAUGAUCAUUACCAUUAUGAUUUGCAAAUGUUAGUCUGCAGCAUCCUUCAGUGAAGGGUCUGCAAUCCUUGUAUUAAAAAGAGGAACUGUGCUUUUUUUUUUUUUUUUUGGAGACAGUGACAGAAUAUUGUGGUCUGCAUCACUUCCAGAAAACAGCAAUAACACAAGUCAGUAUUUUUUGUUUCAUGGUAUUAUUUUUUUUGUACCUGUAAUAGUCACUGCAACAAAUAACAUAUUCUGUACUAAAUGGCGAACAGUUGAAUUUGUGUUACAAGUUCUGACUCUUUUGUAACAAUCUGCACCUCUUGUGCCUUAAAAUGUUACUAAAAUGUAAUGUUGCACUUAGCAUUCUAAUAAAUAAGUUAUAAAACA